AAAACAUAAAGCUAAGUUGUAGAAAUUCUUACCAAAUUAAAAUUAAAGAUUGCAAUUGAGAGACAGAGAGAUGGCUUGUGUUGCUUUAACUUCUCUGAUUGGAAGCAUUAAGAUUGAGUUUGUGAAAUCCACCCCAACACCAAGGGCAAGGCUGUGUCUCUAUGAUCAUCAUCAACCACUAAUCAAAUCUUUGCUUGAUAGCCUUUCUUUUCUGCAAGCCUUUCUCCAGAACAAAUCCAGUGGAGAUGGAGAUUAUGCACUCAGAGAUUUAGAAAUCCAAAUCAGAGACUUUGCACUCCAAGCUGAAGAUGACAUUGAAUUACAACUAAACAAUUUUCUUCUGGUCAAACACACAGCGUAUGAAGAAAAAGUUUCCCAGAAACUCCAUCAGACUAUGCAAGAAGCAGCACAAAGCGCAGAAGAGUUGUUGAAGAUAAUCAACAGUAGUAGAAGAAGCAAUGAAGUUGAUGAUGAUGAGGCAAAUGAAACUCAACCAUCAAAUACUACUUGGUUAAAACAUCAUGCCACUGUUGAGUCUGAUGGAUCCUUAAUGGUUGGCCGUCACCAUGAUUGUAGAGUCAUAAAGGACCAACUCUUUUCUUCCCGAUAUGAGCCACCAAAGUUAAUCUCAAUUGUUGGAAUGGUGGGUAUUGGAAAGACUACUGUUGCAAGAAAUGUGUAUGAAGAUCCAUCAGUUGCAUCACAUUUCGAUGUAAGAGGUUGGGUUACUAUACCUCAACACUACGAUAAGAGCAGAAUGCUAAGCGACCUUCUUCAGUCAAUUACGCCAGAGGAGCGAAAUGUAGUUAAAAAGGGAAGCACUCCAUAUGAACUACAAUUGCAGGUACGCAAAUGCUUACGUGGUAGGAGGUGUUUAAUUGUUUUGGACAACAUUAUAAGCACUGAAGCUUGGACUGACAUCAGAAAGUGUGUUCCUGAUGACAAGUUUGGAAGUUGCAUAUUACUAACCACUAGACACUUCAACCUAACCGACCGGUAUAAAUACUUGAGGUGCUAUACCCAUAACAUGACUUUGCUAGAUUCAAAAGAAAGUUGGGAACUAUUUUGUAAUAGUCUUUCUAUUGAAGAGCACUUGGCCCCUAAAUUUGAAAAAAUUAGGAACCAUGUUGUGGAGAAGUGUGAUGGAUUACCCCAGUUAAUUGUUGAAGUUGCCAAGCGUUUAGCUAAAUGUAACAACAUACAAGAAGGGUGGAAAAAGAUUGAAAAGGAAUUAGAGUCAUUGGGACUUCUAGAUCGCAAUGCACUCAGUGUUAGUUACAAUAUGUUGCCACACCAUUUGAAAGUUUGCUUUCUAUACUUUGGAGUCUUCCCAAAACGUAAAAAAAUUCUUGUUAAAAUGCUUAUAAUGUUGUGGAUUGCCGAGGGAUUUGUGAAGCUAUUGAAACAUAAGGAGUUGGAAGAUGAAGCUUAUGAGUACUUACAAGAGCUUACUGAUACAAGUCUUCUCUUAAUUGAAGAUCAAAGUUGUAACGGCAAAAUAAAGACUUGUAGAAUGCACAGUGCUAUGCAUAGCUUCUGUGUAGUAGAAGCUCAGAAAGAAGGUAUUUUAUGUGCAGUAAAUACUCAGCAACAUCUAGGAUUGUCUUUAAAAGCAUUUGCAAAUUCCUGUCGUUGGCUAAGUUUGUACUCACACAGUUUUGACUAUUAUGUGCUCUUUGGUACAAACAUCCCUCGCUCCAUUUUCUUCUUUCACGAAAAUCCUGAUGAAAUGUUUGUUCCUCCCAAGCUGUUAAGAGUUUUGGCUGUUGAUACUUCUAUAUCACUUCAAAGCGUGCCAGUGCAAUUAGGGGGUUUAGUUUUUUUGAGAUACCUAUACAUAACACAAUGGUACAAGGAUCUAAAUGAUGUAGUGUCAAAUAAUCCAAAUUUAGAGACACUUGUUGUUUCUGGUAAUGGAACACCAACUGUCCAUUUGCCAUCUAGUAUUUGGAAGCCACCACUCUUAAGGCAUCUUGAACUUGGCAAUUCAUUUAUGGUUGGUCCUCCAAGUGCAUAUAAGAAGUAUUUACAAACAUUAUCUUGCAUGGUGAGGCCAGUUCAUUGCAGAAAAAAGAUGUACAAUAAGUUCCCUAACAUAAAAAAUCUGAAACUUUUGCUGAAGGAUGACAUAGAGCCUCCCAGUCACAUUGGAGGGUGUUGCAGUAAUCCUAUUAUUUUGGAUCAUUUUGACUAUUUUAAAUGGCUUGAGAAGCUAAGCAUCACAGUUUCUAUUGGUUGCAAUGCAGCCCUUCCAGAACUGGCUAGGUUUCCUUCAGGACUAAAGAAGUUGAAGUUGAGUGGAACUAAUAUUUCUGGGAGGGACUUGAAUGUAAUUGCCAUGUUACCCAAGCUUAGGGUGCUCAAGUUGGAAAAUGCCUUCCAUGGAACAGUAUGGUACGCAGUAGCUGAAGGAGGAUUUCGGGAAUUAAUAUUCUUGCUCCUUGAAGCAAAAGAACUCAAGAAGUGGGUAGUUAGCUGGAAUCAGUUUCCGAUGCUCAGGCACAUAGUCUUAAGAUCCUGUAACUGUUUGAAACAGAUGCCAAGGGAUUUUGAAGGUUACAGCUUGGAGACAAUUGAGUUGGAGGGGUGUAACUCUUCCCUUGUCACUUCUGCCAAGCAGUUUCAACAAAUGAGAAGAUUCAAUGAUUUAAAGCCUGAAUAUGAUGAAUCAAAUAUGGAAGGGUAUGUAGAAGACGAUUUGGUUGGGCUUCCUUUUCUUGAGCUGAUAAAACUGAAAGAAGUCUCCAAUGAUUCAUAUUGGAAAGGCACUGACAGAAAUUUUAGUAAGCUAAAGUUCUUGUUCCUUAGAGCUAAAAACUUCGGCAUGAAGGGUAAACUUCCUCAAUCUCACAUAACUGAGAGUUGUGGGGGUUCCUGGUGA